AUCACCCGUCACGAUGCUCUACUUCCUGUGAGAGCUCCAACACCCAAUUCCUUCACUAAAGGUUUUCUCUUCAAGUGACUUACAGUUCAAUACCCGUAUUCACGAUCAGUUGAGCUGUAGUGUUGGCAGAGGGUUGGAAUGCUGUACUUCGUUCUGGUCACUGCGUUUGGUGUUUCAUGCGGCGAAGAUCAACCAAACGUUCCAGCUGGUCGCCAGGCGCCACCACCACCGCCGGGAGGUGACACAAUGUACAUGCCGCAUCACGUGCGGAACGGAACACCAGUGAUGACAUCAAUUAAGUGUUGGGAAGCCAACUACACGUGCCUUCGUGCGAAAUCCUGCAACAACUACAUGUUUCAUACCUUCUACUUCGGCUGCCUCGAAGGGGAGGUAUGCUGCAAUGCACUUGGAGUGAACAGCUGCCGAGGACGCGGAGGGCGCUGCUACACGGACACCGAUGUCACGCGGCAGCAAUGUCGCUUCAAGUACAAAUCAUUCGACUGCAACUACUGGGAAACAUGCUGCACGAAUAACGACUUCCCUUAGGAGGCCCCCAUUGCGGUCUUUCAGAGUAAACCAAAUAAACCAACGGCGUUCUACUGCA